AUGACUAAGCUACAAUUUGACACUGCUGAACCAGUCAGGAUCACACUUCCAAACGGUUUGACAUACGAGCAACCAACUGGUUUGUUCAUCAACAACAAGUUUAUGAAGGCUCAAGACGGCAAGACCUACCCCGUCGAAGACCCUUCCACUGAAACUACUAUCUGUGAGGUCUCUUCUGCCACCACUGAAGAUGUAGAAUAUGCUAUCGAAUGUGCCGACCGCGCCUUCCACGACACUGAAUGGGCUACUCAAGAUCCAAGAGAAAGAGGCCGUCUGCUGAGCAAGUUGGCCGAUGAACUAGAAAGCCAAAUUGAUUUGGCCUCCUCCAUCGAAGCCUUGGACAAUGGUAAAACUUUGGCCCUGGCCCGUGGUGAUGUUACCAUUGCCAUCAACUGUCUGAGAGAUGCUGCCGCUUAUGCCGACAAAAUCAAUGGUAGAACUAUCAACACCGGUGACGGCUACAUGAAUUUCACCACUUUAGAGCCAAUCGGUGUCUGUGGUCAAAUUAUCCCAUGGAACUUCCCAAUUAUGAUGUUGACCUGGAAGAUUGCCCCAGCCUUGGCUAUGGGUAACGUCUGUAUCUUGAAACCCGCUGCCGUCACACCUUUGAAUGCCCUAUACUUUGCUUCCUUGUGUAAGAAGGUUGGAAUUCCAGCUGGUGUCGUCAACAUCGUUCCAGGUCCUGGUAGAACUGUUGGUGCUGCUUUGACAAACGACCCAAGAAUCAGAAAAUUGGCCUUUACUGGUUCCACCGAAGUCGGUAAGAGUGUCGCUGUCGAUUCUUCUGAAUCUAACUUGAAGAAAAUCACUUUGGAACUAGGUGGUAAGUCUGCCCAUUUGGUCUUUGACGAUGCUGACAUCAAGAAGACUUUACCAAAUCUAGUUAACGGUAUCUUCAAGAACGCCGGUCAAAUUUGUUCUUCUGGUUCCAGAAUUUACGUUCAAGAAGGUAUUUACGACGAACUAUUGGCUGCUUUCAAGGCCUACUUGGAAACUGAAAUCAAAGUUGGUAAUCCAUUUGACAAGGCUAACUUCCAAGGUGCUAUCACCAAUCGUCAACAAUUCGACACAAUCAUGAACUACAUCGAUAUCGGUAAGAAAGAAGGCGCCAAGAUCUUAACUGGUGGUGAAAAAGUUGGUGACAAGGGUUAUUUCAUCAGACCAACCGUUUUCUACGACGUCAAAGAAGACAUGAGAAUUGUAAAGGAAGAAAUUUUUGGUCCGGUUGUUACCGUCGCAAAGUUCAAGACUUUGGAAGAAGGUGUCGAAAUGGCCAACAGCUCCGAAUUCGGUCUAGGUUCCGGUAUUGAAACAGAAUCUUUGAGCACAGGUUUGAAGGUAGCAAAGAUGUUGAAGGCUGGUACUGUCUGGAUCAACACAUACAACGAUUUCGACUCCAGAGUUCCAUUCGGUGGUGUUAAGCAAUCUGGUUACGGUAGAGAAAUGGGUGAAGAAGUCUACCAUGCAUACACCGAAGUAAAAGCUGUCAGAAUUAAGUUGUAA